AUGGUUGUAACUACAGUGCCCCAGCCUCGGGACACGUAUCUGCUCUGGAAACGAUUCAGUUUCCCAAGCGAGGAUGGUCCCAAAAAUGCCUUCGCCGUCCCAACUUGGGUUGCCAAUCAGCUCAACUCGGCUUAUUCUGUCAUGCUGGGGAUGCUUAUGGCUCAAGUUUGGACAAUCAUCAUUGCAACUAUCUUAUACUAUCUUUUGAAAUGGCGACGAAAGAGGAAGGGAGAAAGCAAAUCAUUCCAUCCGCUUGUCCCGAUUCUGUGGAACAACAGAGGCGAGCUUCUUGGAUCGUUCAUGGAGACAUUCAAGUAUACACAAGAAGGGACAGAGAAAAUUCGCAUUUGGAUGGUCGGCAUCCUUUUUUUAGUCCUCAUCGCAUACAUUGGGCAAACCGCCUUAUCCAUCAUCGUCCCUCCCCUGAUUAUUGUCAACAACACGGCCCCAGUCAAUCCGAACGCAGUAUACGUUCCAACAGUCAAAAGUGAUAACCCCUCAACUGCCGCACUCUACGUUUUGGAAGUCCCAUCAGCCCUCCGAGCAGUUGGUAGUACCGGCUCUGCCAAGGAACUACUCGAUCAGAGAGUGACUAUAACUCCUACAGAUACACUGGGCAAAACCAGUGAUGGCGAACCUAUCAUCGGCAUCAGCUACAGCUAUGACGUUACAGGAGCAGACUUUGGACUGCAGAAAUAUCCAGAGCUUACACUCAACGUCAGCGGCUCGUGUGUUACUGAUUAUAGCUUCUUCGUCAAGACAACUAAUUCCACUCCCUACCUUGUCGACUGGUAUACUAUCUAUAAUAAAACCGAAUCCGCUUCGCUUUUUGAUGGUCGAGAGCCCGUCGCCUUCUUCUAUCCAGGGGACAGUUUCAUCAAAGGUGCUCUCGAAACCAGCAAUACUACAUGGGCCGCACUCGUAUCUUCUACCCAAAGGAGCAGCUUCACCGCCGGGACAGACCCGUGGUAUCUCACCGAGUCGAUACCAAACGCAAAUACAGACACUGCAUACCGAGUACGCAGUGCGCGUCCUGUAUUAUCUUGUUGGGAAGAUAAUGUGUGGUCAUACAAAGGUCACAACAGCACUGUCUUGGGACUCAACAGCACUCUACUUCCGGGCCUUGAGCUUUCGCAGGGUGUGCAAUUUAUCUUUUCUGCCCACCUGUACCAACCCAUGAUCUUUACUGUCGCCUCACAUCUUGGGCUCUCUGCGCUGCUCUCUACAACCACCGCCGUCUCCCAAAUCUUCGAUGCCGGUGCUAGCAGCAUUCAAACCGACUUGUCGCGCCUCGUUCAAGCUGCAUUCAUUGCAACGUCUAAUGUUCUGACUGAUACAACGUUAUACCCACCUAAUUCAGAUCAGAAACUGGAGAAUUGGGUUGCAGGGUUAAGUGGUGUUGGUGAUUUCGUUGUCUGGAGUCCCGAUGCCUCGGCACUGUCGAUGAACGUCCUUAUCAGCAUUCCAAGUCUCCUAGCAGGCGUGUGGCUGCUUGCUACUCUACUACUAUUUCUGACUCCUGUUAAAGUAAUCAACGGUUUAGAUUCUGGUCUUAUGUUUACAGCCAUCAAACAGGAAAACCCAGACUUUGACCCUGUACAUGAUAAGCCUGGGGCGACUUUGCAAGAAGUCUCAAACAAUAUAGAUGUGGAGAAGGGCUCUCAAUCGACGGGAGACGACAAAAAAGGCCCGACACAGACGACAGCAGCUGUGAUAACAUCGAUCGAUUCGGAGAGUGGCCAGAAGGAGGAGGACAAGAACUAA